AUGACAGACUCAGACCGGGAGGGAGGCUCAGCGGCGGCUCCCCGAAGCUCCGGGAACCGUCUGCAAGAUGACCGGGAGAAGAUCCGCUCCCUGCGGAAGGACCACGGGCCCGGCAAGGACGAGGACCUCCUGGAGCCGGACGAGGAGGCGGCGACCGGGACGUUCACGGCGGCCAAACCGAACUACCGGAGCCGGGCGAGCAAGAUCUUCAGCAACCACAAGUUAGUGAAGCAGAACCCGCCGGUCAACGACAACUCGGUACCGGCGGAACUCAUCGACGACAACAACAAGAACCCCGUCCUCCGAACCGCUCGACUUCCGGUGCACGAGUGCGUGUUCAAAGGAGACGUCCGCCGCCUGUCGUCGCUCAUCCGGACGCAGAACAUCGCGCAGAAGACGUCCACGGAAACACUCCCGCUGAUCUGGCCGUCAUGA